AUGCUGCAAAUAACAAUGAACUCCGAAAAAUACUAUCAUUCAGAAUACAAUAUAGAAUCGUACGACUGGAAUUAAAAUAAUUACAUCAGCAGGUCUAUGAACAACAAUAACGAUUAAGAUUUGGGAUAAAUCUUUAAUAGUCGCUUUAGCGACGAGGAAUAAUACAAUAAGCUUUGCGAAUAUGAAUAGUACGAAUAUUUAAAUCCAUAUAUCAAUGCGCAUGAAAUGCCAUUAAAAAAUGAAUUCGAAGAAUUUAUGAGCUCAGAAAAAUAAUACAAUUAAGAAGACUACAGCCAAUAGUAGAAUUUCACUUAAUAUUAGCCAAUUUAAUUGAGAUCAUAGUAGUCUAUUAACAAACAUUAAUCAAACCGCUCUCAAUCUGUUUCUUCUGAUUCAUCAGCUCAUGAUAAUUCCAUUGGCUACUCAAAAAGCAGUUCUUCUAGCAAAGACUUCAGAAAUGAAGACAGCUAAAAUAUUAGCUCUGAAUCUGCUGUAUCUGCUUCAAAAAAUUAAAAUGAUGAAUCUUCCUAUCACAGAUCAGCUAAUUCUGCCAAAAAUAGACAGAGCUAACACAAAAAUGUAGUAAAAAAUAUUGGCCUUGGUUUCAAAAACUAUUUGAUCGACUCAAAAAGUCCUUUGAAUUCUAGAAUCCAAGAUAUUCUUAAAGAAAAUAGAAUAACUCACUUUGAAUUCAGAAACUGGAUUAAUUAAUCUGUGAAGCUUGACUAAAAGAAAGAAAUCUAUAAGGCUUUAAAUAUCAAAAAUUAGGACAACAUUAGAAUCUAAAAUUUCAAAAACAUUUUGAAUAAACUGUUUCAGAUAUUUUUUGAAGAAUAGUACGCGUUAACCUAUCUUUUGAAAAACAGUAAUAUCUAAAACAGAGAUAUUCACAUCUAGUUCAUCAAACAUUUCAUUAUAUCCUCAAGAGACAUUGAGUAUCUCUUAAAGAAGUGGAAGUGA